UCGGAGCCGGACGGGUUUCGUAAUCGCGUCGCUGCCGCUUCCGCCCUCCGCCAGCCCCACCUCUGCCGGCCCGCCCUCGGCUCCCCCACCGCGCGGAGGAGCGAGCCCGGGAACCCCUCACCGGCGGCCGCGGAGCAGGACACCCCCGCCCCCCAUCAGCUGUAGCUGGACGCCUUGAUGCCGGCGAAGAGCAGGGUUCCAAGUCUGAGGAGGAUAUAACCUUGUGCCUGCCUGUCCACCUCUCUCUCUCUGGCCCUGUUAAUCUCUCAGGAUCUGAGACGCUGACCUUCAUUGUUCAGCGAAGAGUUCUGAAGAUUCUACUUUCUCUAGACCCAUCCAGCUGAGCGAACCCAGGGUGUUGUUACACCUUAGAAGAGUGUGGAGUGGGCGGUCAAGGCACCAGAGCAAGAGCCCUCUGGGGCCCAGACAGAGGGGUGAAGCUGGAACCAUCAGGGAACAUGAGUGAAUUUUGGCACAAACUGGGCUGCUGUGUGGUAGAGAAACCCCAGCCGAAGAAGAAGAGAAGACGGAUUGACCGGAGCAUGAUUGGGGAACCAAUGAAUUUUGUCCACCUGACUCACAUUGGCUCUGGGGAGAUGGGGGCCGGAGAUGGACUUGCCAUGACAGGUGCAGUUCAGGAGCAGAUGAGGUCCAAGGGAAACCGAGACAGGCCAUGGAGUAAUUCUCGGGGCUUGUAGCUCCAACAGGAAUGGUUUUGCCGUCAUGAAGCCCCCAUUCCGUGUCCAGCCUAGAAGAAAUGCUGCCCCCACCGGACGCCUCCUAGAACCAGUGACCCAAGGGCCCCUCUUUUCCCUAUCUGCCUAACAGUGCCUCAAAAGGCUUAGGGGGCUGGACUCCCUCUACUCCCUCUGGCUAUAGCCCCUCCUGGAGAUGGGGUCAAGGCAGCAGGACUGACCAAGUGACUACUGGUUGGCCAGAGGCAUUCAGCUGAAACCCUGGACACCCUCAGAUCUGAGACAGGAGUUCUCGGAACCUGGAAUGAGUUCCCUUUUCCUGAAUGAUGGUCUGGGUACCACUUGUUUUUAAACUCUUAACCUGGAACUCCUUAAAUGGGUAGGUGGGUGAGAUAACCAAAGCUGAUGCCAGUUUUGCCAAGAAGCUCCCUACCUCCCUGCCUUUCUCCUCUUUCUUCCUGGAAUGAACUAAAGCAGAUGUCAAGCAGAGGGGGUGACUACUGCCUAGUCUACUCUUUCUCUUUAGAUUUCAGACCUUAAGCUCACAGCCCCUCAAUCCCUCUGCCAACACCAGGGUGUUUCUCUAGUUAGGCUUCUAAUCCUAUGUUUCUGUAGCAUUACUAUCUUCCCAACAACUUUCCUUUUUUAAAAAAAUUAAUUAAAAAUUUGAGUUCUCUUAA